UGUGGUCCAUCUGCAAAAGGAUGCCCUCGAGGGCCUCCAGGACCACGGGGUGACAAGGGCAUCAGCGGUCUAGAUGGAUCACCAGGACAAAACGGCCGACCCGGUGUACCAGGGGUAGUAAAUAUGGUAACUCACCAUAUUCCUGGUGGUUGUAUCGAUUGUCCACCCGGCCGGCCUGGGCCACCAGGACCUCCUGGUCCCAUUGGUGAUCACGGAUCAAUCGGACGACGCGGAAAUCCUGGACGAUCAGGCAAGAGAGGAUUGGCAGGCCGACCAGGAUUCAUGGGACCACCUGGGCCGCCGGGUCGCCCGGGUACACCAGGGAUACCUGGCCUGCAAGGUCGCAACGGAAAACGAGGACGCGGUGCCCCAGGUAGGAAGGGUCCGGUGGGACAUCGCGGUCCAGCUGGAACACCUGGCAAAAAUGGCAGCCGUGGUGGUGUUGGGUUGCCUGGUGAACAUGGCUUACCGGGUCGAUCCGGCCCACCGGGACGUAGAGGAAAGGAUGGCCGUCCAGGAAUGGUGAGAUAUUCCAAUCUUUUUAACAGCCAACCACUAGCGUAA